AAGCCAUUUUUCUAACAUUUUUUCAAAAACGGAAAUAAAAUCGCCGCCACAACGAAGUAGGAGCAGUAGGAGAAGAAGAAAGAGUAACAACGCCCACACACACAAAAGCAGAAGCGCAGCCACCGGUGGCGCCACCGUUGCUUUCAAUGUCGACCACUCUAACUCCAAUCCAAACGCUCAAGUUCUAUUCUCCUCAUUCCACAACUCUCUUUUCAUCCAGUCCAAAACCACCUUCCAUCUCACUACCUCACCCCUUCCGAGCCGACAAACUCAUCCUCUCCGCCGCAACUUCCGCCGACACCGCCGUCUCUUCGAACGGGCCCCCCUCUCAACCUCCCCCCUCUCGAUCCAAGGUUCGGCGACACACGGUUUCGGUGUUCGUCGGCGAUGAGAGUGGAAUGAUUAACCGGAUUGCGGGAGUGUUCGCGAGAAGAGGAUACAACAUUGAAUCGCUCGCUGUUGGUCUCAAUGAGGAUAAGGCUCUCUUCACCAUUGUUGUGUCAGGAACCGAUAAGGUGCUGCGCCAAGUUAUGGAGCAGCUUCAGAAGCUCGUCAACGUCUUAAAGGUAGAAGAUAUUUCUAGUGAACCCCAGGUUGAACGUGAACUAAUGCUCAUAAAAGUACAUGCAGAUACAAAGGACCGUGCUGAGAUAAAGUGGUUGGUGGACAUCUUCAGAGCUAAGAUCGUGGAUAUCUCGGAACAUUCAGUGACAAUUGAGGUAACUGGAGAUCCAGGGAAGAUGGUUGCAGUUCAAAGAAAUUUAAGCAAGUUUGGAAUUAAAGAAAUAGCCAGAACUGGAAAGAUUGCAUUAAGAAGGGAAAAGAUUGGUGCGUCUGCUCCAUUUUGGCGGUAUUCAGCUGCUUCUUAUCCAGAUCUUGAAGGAAAAACGGCUGUUAAUGCCCUCGUGGGAGCAAAAAGCAUGAAUUCUGUCGCCAAAAAUGAUAUGCCUGUGGGGGGAGAUGUUUAUCCAAUAGAGCCGUCAGAUGGUUUUACAGUCAAUCAAGUGCUUGAUGCUCACUGGGGUGUUCUUAAUGAUGAAGAUACUAGUGGAAUUCAAUCACACACUUUAUCCAUGCUUGUGAAUGAUUCUCCUGGAGUUCUUAACAUUGUUACAGGGGUUUUUGCUAGAAGGGGCUAUAACAUUCAGAGUUUAGCUGUAGGACAUGCCGAAGUUGAAGGACUUUCUCGGCUUACUACUGUGGUUCCUGGGACAGAUGAAUCAAUUGGCAAACUAGUGCAGCAACUCUAUAAGCUAGUAGAGCUGCAUGAGGUUCGUGAUAUCACCCACUUGCCAUUUGCUGAGCGAGAAUUGAUGCUAAUAAAGAUUGCUGUAAAUGCUGCAGCACGACGUGAUGUCCUUGAUAUUGCCAGCAUUUUCAGGGCUAAAGCUGUUGAUGUAUCUGAUCAUACAAUAACCCUAGAGAUUGCUGGAGAUUUGGACAAAAUGGUUGCAUUGCAGAGAUUGCUAGAACCAUACGGCAUUUGUGAGGUGGCACGAACUGGGCGCAUUGCACUAAUCCGUGAGUCAGGUGUGGACUCCAAGUACUUGCGUGGAUACUCUUUUCCUUUAUAAUUUCUUCACCUUGGUGAGAGGGCGUUAAAGUUUUCAUCUAGUAGUGCUUGUACUUUCUCUUUUAAGUUGUGCUUACUGACUCUUGCCUCCAAACGUUAAUGUUAAACCUUUUAGUGAUUUGCAAAUAUAGGGUUCGAAUGACAUCUUUGAUAAAAAGAAAAACUUUUUUCCUUUUUCUCGACCUU